AAAUGGGUUUGUUGUACUGUAGUGAUGACGAGACAGUGAGGAAGUUCACUUCACUUCAGCGGUGAUGAAAAAGCACCUGUGGGGAACUGAAAACACGCCUGAUUUAACUAAUCUCCGAGGAAAUAAACAAAAUGUGCUGGAUAAAAGCUCUCACCGCUUGCCUUGUGCUCUCCAGCCUGCUGCUCAGCUCCCAGUCAGUGCCUAUUAGUGUAGAUAAAACUAAAGUCAAGGUGCCAGAAGAAAAGGUGCAGGAACCGCCUCAGAGUGUGGACACUGGACUGCAUUAUGACCGCUAUCUCAGGGAAGUUAUCGAUUUCCUCGAAAAAGACCAGCAUUUUAGAGAAAAGCUCCACAACACGGACAUGGAGGAUAUAAAGCAAGGGAAACUGGCAAAGGAGCUCGACUUCGUGAGUCACCACGUCAGGACGAAGCUCGACGAGUUAAAGAGGCAGGAAGUGAACCGGCUGAGGGCGCUGAUCAAAGCCAAGCAGGACAUCGAAGGAGGGAACGGUGUCGCUGUGGACCAUCAGGCUUUACUGAAGCAGUUCGAGUACCUGAACCACAUGAACCCUCACACGUUUGAGGUGGAAGAUCUGGACCGACUCAUCAAAUCAGCUACAAAGGAUUUGGAGAAUUACGAUAAAGAACGUCACGAGGAGUUCAAGAGGUACGAAAUGAUGAAGGAGCACGAGCGCCGCGAACACCUCAAGACCCUUGAUGAGGACAGCAGGAAGAAAGAAGAGGAGCAUUACGAGGAGUUGAAGAAGAAGCACGCAGAUCACCCAAAAAUCAAUCAUCCUGGCAGCCAGGAUCAGCUGAAAGAGGUGUGGGAGGAAGCAGAUGGUCUCGACCCUGACGAUUUUGACCCCAAAACUUUCUUCAACCUUCAUGAUACAAACGGAGACGGCUUUUUCGAUGAGCAGGAACUCGAGGCGUUGUUUACGAAAGAGCUGGAGAAAAUCUACGAUCCUGCGAACGAGGAGGACGACAUGGUGGAGAUGGAGGAGGAGAGGUUACGGAUGAGAGAACACGUCAUGAACGAGGUCGACACCAACAGGGACCGUCUGGUCUCUUUAGACGAGUUCAUGAUUGCGACGAGGAAAAAAGAAUUCCUGGAGCCGGAUAGCUGGGAGACUCUGGAGCAGAACCAGGCUUACACAGAGGAGGAGAUGCGUGAAUUUGAGGAACAUCUCAUCAGGCAGGAGCAGGACCUGAACCAGAAAACGGCCGAACUGCAGAAGCAACGAGACGAGCUGGAGAAACAGCAGGAGCAGCUCAAUGCACAGAAAAUGGAACUCCAACAAGCUGUAGAGCACAUGGAGCGUUUAAAAAACCAGAAGCCUCCACCUGAAGUUCACAUUGAAGGGAAUCCAGUCCCACAAUCCCCUCAAAACGAGCAGCAGCAGCUUCCUCCAGAACAGCAGGAUUUGAGCCAAGGUCAGCCUCUGCCUCAGGAUUCCCACCCCAACAUCAUCCAGGACGUCCCACAAGUACCAUAGAGGGUUAUUAGGAGCUGGACUGUGCAGAUAAGACACACCCUACUUUUCCUCCAGUGUCUGGAGAUUAAUCAGGACCAGGUGGAAUAAUCUUCCCUUGAGAGCAGCAAUCAUUAAUUUUAUUUUUUAAACUUUAUCCAUCCAUCCCUCUUCAUGCUGGUUUGAAUAGUUGUCAAAGCUGUUUUGCACAUUUUUAAAGACUACAGGAAGGGCAAGAGCUAUUUUAAAUACCAUCCUGUGCAAUUGUCUACGCUGUUGUAAAGUCCAGACACUUCCCUCAACAUUUAAUGAUAAAAAUAAAAGUCUUUGAUUUAACAGAGACUGCACUUGAGAUUUAAACUGUAAAGAAAGUGAUUAAUGCCCAGAGAUUACAGGCUUAAAAUAGUGAAACACAUACAAGUGGAAUUGUGUAGUGUUAUUUAAAUUCCAGUUCUUGUUUACUCUUGUAUUAUGUGCCCAGUUUAAGGUGCAUCAACUUUUUCUGCACAGAAUAAAAAUAAUGAACGUCUCAUUACAGAGACCUGUGUGCUAUUAAAGUGGUCAAAGCA